AUGUGGUCUGCAUCAAUGAGAUCGUUGCUGGGAGCUCAAAAAGUGUUUGAGAUUGUUCAAGACGGUUAUGAACAACUUGCAAGACAUUGUUUUACAUCCAACAGAGUGUGGAUUCAAAAAACUUUGAGAGGAUCUCGAAGGCAGCUACAUCAAAGGAGGCAUGGAGAUCUUGGUCAAAUGGAAGAAGAUGAAGUUGUGGCAGAUUACUUCAAUCGUGUACAGGUUGUUGUUAAUCAGAUGAGGACAAAUGGUGAAUCAUUAACUGAAGUGGUGAUUAUUGAAAAGAUCCUUAGAACAUUAACACAAAGGUACGAUCACAUAGUGGUGGCAAUUGAAGAAUCAAAGGAUCUUGAUAACAUGAAGGUGGAGGAUUUGCGAGGCUCUCUUGAAGCUCAUGAACUGAGAGUAAGAGAAAGAUCCAAGAAGGUUCAAAGAGAGGAUGAUGAAGCACCAAUGGCAGCCGAAGAUUCAGACUCAGAUGAGGUGUUGUUGAUGGCUACAACAAAAUUAGAUGAUGACUGCCCAGAGUCGUGGUACCUUGACACAUGUUGUUCAAAUCAUAUGACUGAUCAUAAAGAGUGGUUUGUAAGCAUUGAUGAUAAGGUGAAAAGGGAGAUCAGAUUUGUAGAUAACAGUUCUGUAAUGGCAGAAGGAAUAGGAAAAUUAUUGAUUCAAAGAAGAGAUGGCAAACAAUCAUUCAUAUGCGAUGUGUUGUAUAUGCCAAACAUGAAGAAUAAUUUGUUAAGCCUUGGACAAAUGCUUGAAAAAGGGUAUUCUAUGAAGAUGGAGCAGGGUGAAAUGCGAUUGUUUGAUGAUUCAAGAAGAUUGAUCUUGAAGGCACCACUAUCUAAAAAUAGAACCUUCAAGAUUGAUAUCUAG